CAACUAACAAACGAAGCAAAUUUGUCGAAACCGACCAGACAUAUUUUUUUGUGAGAAACUGACGCGCGAUCGAAUGCAAAUACGCGCGCACAAGUCAACUGACAGCAUUCAGAUAGUGAAAAAACAAUAAUUAUAUUAACAUUGUUCACACUCUUAAAACUAAACCAUAAUGGAUGAGUCACGCGAGGAAAGCCAAUUUAUUGUAGAUGAUGUGAGCAAAACAAUUAAAGAAGCAAUCGAGACAACUAUCGGUGGCAAUGCGUACCAGCACGAUAAGGUAAACAACUGGACCGGCCAGGUGGUCGAGAAUUGCCUGACUGUGCUAACCAAGGAACAGAAGCCAUAUAAAUACAUUGUCACCGCUAUGAUUAUGCAAAAGAAUGGCGCUGGAUUACACACGGCCAGCUCCUGUUACUGGAACAACGACACCGACGGCAGCUGCACAGUGCGCUGGGAGAAUAAGACCAUGUACUGCAUUGUGUCCGUUUUCGGCCUUGCCGUUUAAACCACAAUAAGAUAAAAAAAAGCAAAAACAACAAGAAACAAACAAAUCACUAAACUAACAACUUAAAUGGGGGAGGGAUUAACAAGAUUGCCUUGCAUUUGUUUUGCGUCUUACACACACACACAACCCAAUCGGGUAUCAAUACUCUUCUAUUUUGCAUCAGAGAUCUAGUUGUUAGAAUCACAAACACCAGGAAUCUACAAAAUUCUAAAAGACGAGCAAAGCAAUGUCGAAUUCUGAGAAUACAACUCCAAACACCCAGCUAAAUUUCCAAUUACGUAGCAAAAUGAAAUGUUCAUGUAUUAUUUUUUUAUUUCCGAUUAACAAAGAGUGCACACAAUGUGUUGAAUGUUA